UUUUAAAGAGCCUUCUAAUUCAGGGGGCCUUUUUUGUCCAGUUAUGAAACCUUUCAUUGCAUUAGCACUCUGCUGUAGUUUUUUGUCUAGUAGAGCCACCCCUCUUCCAUUUGAGUUUUUGGACUGUGAUGAUCCUGAUGUCUUUAAAGCUGUCGACACCGCACUGAAGAAAUACAAUGGAGAGAGAGCAACUGGUAAUCAAUUUGCUCUAUACAUGGUGAUGGAAGCCAAGAGAACUGCAGGUCCUGACACACAAUUCUAUGUGAAAUAUCGAAUACAAGAAACCACUUGUGCCACUGAGGAAAACAAACUCUGGCAAGACUGUGAUUACAAAGUACCUGCAGAGGCUAAAACAGGAGAAUGCACAGCUCAAGUUCACAUGAAUAAUGCUGAAAAAACAAGUAAUGUUUCGCAAGAUUGCAAAAUUUUUCCAGCUACGCCAAAGAUAACACUUACUGAAGCUACAUGUCUUGGAUGCUUCCAUCCUAUAUCAAGUGACAGCUCAGAAGUGUCAGAAAUUCUGAAACAAGCCAUUCAAAAGUUUAACAGGCACAGUGCUGAACCCGCCCUUUUUAAGCUUGUGGAAAUAAAAGAAGCUAAAAUACAGGUGGUAGCUGGAUGGAAUUACCUAAUUAAAUAUGAAAUCGAGGAGACUAAUUGCUCCAAAAACCAAUUUCAAGAUUUAACUCCAGAGUGCAAAAUCACUUUUAGAGGUCGUAUAGGUAAAUGUGAUGCCAAAGCAUAUCAAAACCUUCACGCACAGAUCGUAGAUAUUGCAAGCCAAUGCAAGCUUCCAGUUGAAGACACGGUAAUUCCUGCCACUCGCACUGGUUGUCGAAAGACUAUCCCAAAUGAUAGUCCAGAACUGAAGGAACUACUGAAGGUUUCUAUGGAGAAGUAUAAUUUGGAGAGCAAUGAUGAUUUCUACUAUAAAGGUGGAGAAAUAGAAGAAGCAACAGUUCAGGUGGUUGCAGGACAAAACUACCAUUUAACAUUUUCAGUCCGGAAGACGAACUGCUCAAAGAAAGAGUUGGAAAAACUUAAUGAAGACUGUGAAGCCACAUCAGACAGUGCACCAUUGCCAUGUGAAGCACAGAUUCACGUGAUCCCAUGGGAGAAUAAAAUCUUUCCCCAGCAGGUUAACUGCUCUAAAGAACGGUCAAUGGGUGUAUUUCUAAGAAGGCCUCCUGGAUUCACACCUUUCCGAACCUUUGCUACGCUAGACCAGCCAAAUGAAAUUUCAUGCUCUGAUAAAAAUGAAGAAGAAAGGCAAAGACCUGGCAAAGAGACGAGAAAAGAUGGUGGACAGGAACCAGAAAGUGAAGGUGAACCUGAGCAUAAACACAGGCAUAAACACGGGCAUAAACACAGGCAUGAAUAUAAAAAGGAUCAUGAGUCUGGCAAAAGGCAUAGGCAUGAAAUUGGCUGUGGGCACAGAACUGGCCAUGGGUGCGGGCAUAAAAAACACAGUAAAAAUGCUAAACAUAAACAUCCAAACCCCAAGUCUUCUGAGGAGUCCCAUGAAAGGGGUUUUAAUCAAAAUGAAACCCUCCCAUCAUCCAGUGCCGAAACAGCAUCAGAGCUAGUUAACUUAGGGGUUGCAGGAAAGGAAACCAGCACACCUACAGAACCACUAAUUCUUCCCGAUACUUCUUUAUUUAAUGGGUUGCCAGAUCGCCCAGAAUCUCCUCUCCGCAGAUGUCCUGGAAAACCAUGGAAACAUAUAAUGGACCUUCCAGCUCCUACUAGCUUUCCCAGAGAAUUCACAAAUGAGGAUCUCUUGCCUUCUGCAGUAGAAAACAUCAAUCCAGCAACAGAAAACUCAACACCUCCCCGAAACAAAGAGAAAGACCUUGAUCUCUCAGAUGCUUUACUAUAA